UAUUCACUGCUUUUGUAAUUUUCACGUUACUGUAUCCGAUGAAAAACACGCGCAAGGACAAUGUUUGUAUCAGCUACAGUUGAUCAAUUUUAUAGCGUACGGUCAUCAUGUACACAUAGUAAACUAGUAAACUUUAUGUUAAUAUAUGUGUGUGCGUGACUAUCUUAAUCUUAUCGCAGACGUAUCAAACAUUUUAUCAGGACAUACAAAAGUUUUCUUUUUGCGUUGAAAACAUUUUGCUAUGGAUCAAACUGAGAGCCUUCCAGUUCUGUAUAUUCGAGCCAGAAGUCACUACGAUGUAGGCUUUUCUAUUGGCAUUACCUUCAAAGGAUGGAUUCAGGACUAUAUGGACACUUCAAACGAAUUUAAGCAGUAUAGAACGUUUUACAAUGGAAAGGAAGGACAAAGGUUAGUCGAUCAGUACAUGUCAACCGGCCGUACGUCCCAUUCGAAUAUUAUGUCAGAAAUCCAGGGCAUGGCGGAUGGGGCGGAAGUGAAGUUCGAAGAGCUUUUUCUGUUGCAGAUUUCAUCAGAACUAAAAUUUUGUCACUUGAAAGAAAUGUUUAGAAGAACGGAUGACAAAGAAAAUGGUGAGAAAGGAUGCACUGAUGUUCUGGUUAAUAGAAAACAAUGCAGGAUUAUCGGACAUAACGACGACUGGACAGAAGACGUGUCUUCCCGCGUUUAUAUUGUGCACGUGACUAUAGCAGACGAGAAAGAGCGCGUGAUUGAGCAGUUUGUAUCUUUCAGUUACCCGGGUUAUUUAACAGGAUUUUGCUUUGGAAUGAAUAAAUCUCUGGUAAUAAGCCUGAACUCAUUAUCACCAAAGAAAGCAAAUAGGACAGGAGUUCCCUUGGCAAUACUGCUGCGUUCACUACUCGCGUGUAAUACCAUUGAAGAAUGUUCUUCUGCCAUGGAAAGUAAACCGUAUGGAUGUGCUUACGGGAUGAAUAUAAAUAUUGCCGCUAUUAAUGGAACCAACAUGUGCUCGAUGGAAGUAUAUCCACUGCAGGGAAAGACCGAGGUCAAGGUCAGAAACGUUCCUCUCGAGGGAGAUGUGGACGAACAGUGUUACUUCUUUCAUCAAAAUCAUUAUAAACACAUAGCUGCUGAAGAAACUGGACCUUGCACUGGAUCAAAGCUCCGAGACAAGAGAACCAGCGAAAUGCCUGAACCGGAAACUGUUGAUGACGUCAAAGCUAUUCUUGGUGAUACAGAAGAUGGCGUAGAACCAGUUUAUCGCAUGCCUUGUGCUUCACACUAUGCACCGCAUGUGAAAACGGUGGCAACUGCAGUUUUCAGUAUCACUGAAAGACUGUUACAUGUCUACCGAGCCAAUCCCAAGCUAGCAUCAGCUCCUUGUCUGACUCUGCCAUUUCUGUGAGGAGUAGGGGAGAUUAUGCUUGAAUGUGUUCUUUUUUCUGUAUGCUAGAUAUAAGUUUCGAAAGAGAAUGACCAGUAGACUACGAGAAAACCUCAUCAAUGAUAAAAUAUGAAAAUAUUCAGACUAUAUUCACACAUACUGCAUUUUAGCCCACCAUCAUCAGAUGGUGGGCUAUUCAGAUCACUCUGCGUCCGUCGUCCGUCCGUCGGUUAACAAUUUCUCGUUAUUGCAUAUCCUCAGAAACUACUGGGUGGAUUUUGACCAAACUUUGUCAGAAUGAUGUAUUGGUACCCUAGUUGUGUCCCCCCUGAAAAUCAGACUGGUUCAACAAUUCUUUAACAAGUUAAGGCCCUUUGUUUAUUUUGAUUUCUAAUAUAAUUUUAUAUCCAGUGGCUCUCCAGGUAGUUAAUUGUUUUUUAUGGCCUUACCUGUAGAAGGGUCAUAAAGUCUGCAGACACUAAUGAGAUAAUGAUUCAAGUUGUCCAUUAUUGUCCAUUAUUUUCCAAUAACAACUCAGCAGUGAAUGGAAUACCCUAGUAGAUUGAUGAUUAAUUUGUUUAGUACUGUUUAGUACUGAACUUUCUGGGUUUAAUUAUUAAUUAUGAUAUAAAUAAUUAUAUGUGCAUUCUUUGUUUCCAUAAUAAGAAAAAAAUAAUAAUUGCAUCAUUAAUGAUGUCAUCUCUCUUGUUUAGGGUAUGGGUUUAAUUAUUUUAUAAUUAUGUGCAUUCUCUGUUUCCGUAAUAAGAAAAAAAAAACAUAACUCAUAAAUGCUGUCAUCUCUCUUGUUAACUUUUGUACUGAGUUACUUCCCCUUAAAUUCCAAGAAAUAGUCUAUUUUUAGAAAUCAUAGAAACUCUUGCUACUAUGGCUGAACUCUGACUUCUCUGGCCAGCCAGAGUAACCAGAGUUCUGGCUACUCUAAAUAGCCACUUGAAAAUAGUAAUUAACUUGAAAUUCCGUUUAAACAUGCUAUUUAGAUAGAAAUGACAUAUUAAGUUUCAUAAUCAAAGCUAAGACUGAAAAUGUUUUGCGAACACGGGACUUGGUUACUCUGGCUACUCUGGCUGACCAGAGUAGCCAGAACAUGUUAAAAAUCUAGAAACUCUGCCUACUCUGGUUGAAUUCUGGCUGCUCUGGCCAGCCAAAGUAACCAGAGUUCUGGCUACUCUUGCUGAACUCUGGCUACUCUGGCCAGAGUUCUGGAUACUGGCUGAAUUCUGGCUACUCUGGCCAGCCAGAGUAACCAGAGUUCCGGCUACUCGGGCUGAACUCUGGCUACUCUGGCUGACCAGAGUAGCAAGAACAUGUUAAAAAUCUAGAAACUCUGCCUACUCUGGUUGAAUUCUGGCUGCUCUGGUCAGCCAGAGUAAUAAGAGUUCUGGCUACUCUUGCUGAACUCUGGCUACUCUGGCCAGCCAGAGUAACCAGAGGUCUGGAUACUGGCUGAACUCUGGCUACUCUGGCUGAACUCUGGCUACUCUGGCUAGCCAGAGUAACCAGAGUUCUGACUUCUCUGGCUACUCUGGCUAAACUCUGGCUGAACUCUGGCUACCCUGGCUGCUUUGGCUAAAUUCACGCACAUCAAAAUAACUAUAUUAAAUAUUUCUUCACAAACUGGGCAUGGAUUUGUCGGCAAGACACAACUGCUUUCCCCGAAUUCUAAAACGUUUUUACUGUAAAAAGACAAUAACCAAAAACAUUCAAUUUUACUCACCUUGCUCGUUAUUUUUGUAAACAUCCUGCGCAAUGCCUGCGCCGUCGGAGGCGCGAUGCCUUAAUAUCAGUGCGGCACCGUGAUUUUGUGCCGCAGGCAACGUUUCAUACCAGUGUCUUGACUCGACCAAAAUUUAAAAAGUCGAGCAACUAAAUAAAUGUCUAAAUUAAGAAAAAAAACAACGAAUUUCAUAACAAGGCAAGAAAACAAUCACAAAACAAAAUAACUUCUUUAUCCUGUCAUAUUUUGGGCACAAUUUAUUUUGAUAUUUCUCCAUUUAUCUGUGAAAAUUUGAUAUUAUACAGCUCUGUAUCCUGAUAAAUAAUAUUUGCUCGUUGUAUAAUAAAAUCUGUAAAAAAGAUCUUUUGGAAGCAUAGAAUAAAGCAUAAAACAUUCGUUAUAUAUAAUCA